AUAAUCAUGCUCUGGAUUAAGCAUAACAAGCCGCCGCUUAAUUCCCGAAACAACAGCAUUUGAGCCCCCAACAGCAAUUUUAACGCAGCGACCUUCCGGCGGCGGUAAGGUGAGGCGGUACGUGUAUGGCUCCACCAGCUCAAGCUUCGAUGCAAAGAGACGAAAGGAGCAAUUCAUGGCCCAUUAGAACGUUCGCAAGUUUUUGUUGACAAGUAAAAUAACAGUUUCUACCAUGUUGUACUCGGUUUCGCGGCUGUUAACCUUUGGAGCUCUGCUCAGUGUUGUCCACGGAGCGGGUUAUGGCGUACCACGAGCACGGAGAUGGCCCCGCAACCCGAACGCUGCAAUGGACAACAACGGGUACACUGAUCCUUUAGUGAAGAUACCCUACGAUGUUCCAGACGAUUACACUAUUCCACAGUACACUAUUUUCCAAAAUGCCAUCACGAAGAUCUAUGAAGCCACCAAUAAAUGCAUCAGAUUCGUCCCGUGGAGUGCACUUUAUACUGACGUACUUCACGUGACCUAUUAUAUCAAUUCCACCACUCAAUCUGUCUCGCCUGUAUGCCGAGGUCCUCUUGGCUACACGGCGGGCAGUCAAACUUUGUUGAUGGUGUCUAACGGCCGCACCGGUUGUCUGGACCCUGUGGACGGUGAGCGUGACGUCACCCGUAUGCUGUUAAACGUGUUGGGUGUAGUCAGUGAAUACCAGCGCCCGGAUCGCGAUGAUGUGGCUAAAAGUCCCAUGCAGUUCCUGUCAGGUUAUAACGACAAGGUGCUGGAUGUUCUGCAAGCCGAUGGGAUUUUCAAUAUAAAAACUGACACAAUUCCGCUGUAUCCUGAUGAGUUUGAUAUGGAUUCCGUCACGAUGGUGCGAACGGCGCGGUAUGCGAAAGAUCCUAGUAUUCCGGUAUUUACACGGACAGACGGCAAAGACGCACCCACAAGCGCAACGCUCAGUCAAAAAGAUUGCGAGGCGCUCAAUUACAUGUAUCAGUGCAAUAUAGUCUGCGCCUCCACUUCGGGAGAUUUAGGCCUGCCGAAAUUCAAUAAGGACGAGAUAUCAGAGAGCUACUUCUGCUGGGAAACCACAACAGCUUCCGUUAACGAUGCCGACGUUUUUGAGGACACCAUAUCUAUCGUAGAGGAUUCCAAUCCGAUAUCGGCUACCAGUAUAUCAUACGAGUUCACUCCAGCGAUUGGCGUCACAGCAACAUCACCUAAUUCCGCCACCCCAAAGACCGCCCAGCUGAAGUUAAAAAAUUCAAUUAUUAAGGGCUUCAAGUCAUCGGUGCGUCUCACCGCCAAAACCGGCAGCACUCCUGUUGCGGCGGAUGACAUCGAGGUCAGUGUUAACUGCUGGCCCCGAUUCCAACUGGCGGGGGCGGGGGAGCUGCCUUGUGGUACGCCUGGUAAACGGGGCAAGGCUGCUGCGGACUUCAUCGUUGAAAGAGAAUGCGCUCGUAGCGGCGCAACAACAUACACACGGUCAGGGUUGCACUGUAACCCGUCUGGUGGAGAUAAUUUUAUUGCCGAAUUCCGGAACAUCAUUACUAUUUCGAUUAACGAUCCCGAUGGAACGACACCAGAAUUUCUUGGUUUACGAGUGCAUCGUGACGGUAAUCCUGGUAACGACUUUAGUAGCAGCUGGAAAUACGUUGAAACCUCCAAAUCAUUAAUGGUCACUGCGAGUAAUUUUGAACCGGGAAAUUAUGCCUUUCAAUUAUUAUUCGUUGACCCGGACGCUGCUGGUCUUCCCAUUGCAUUCACCUUCGCUGCCACACUUAAGUGUAAAGUGUAAACCACCCUCAACUUUCCUGUAAUUUUCCUGUAGUCGUGCGUGCUCGGUUGUAUCCCAAUGGGUGAAUGUUAGUCUGAGCAUGAAUUCCUUUUGAGUUUCCCCAAUGCAAACAUGAUUCUUUUGAAAAUAAUUUAGGUGCUUAUGGCGUGUUAUAGUUAAACUGUCUGCUGUUCGUGCGUAGAAAAGGUAUCCAACUUGAUAAAAAAAUGGUACUGUGAA